AUGGAAAAAAAUAUUCUCAAAUAUUUCAUAGAAGUGCCAAAUCGAGUAGCUCCUCAUAUUUCAUCUCAACCAUCCGCAGCCGCCCAAGCAGACCCAACAAAUCAAGUAAAACCGGCACAAAAUCCACCACCAGUUGAUAAGAAUGUUGAUUUGGAUGGUGACGGUGCGUUGAGCCUUGCUGAAGUUAAAUAUGCAGCGUUUGUACAUCACGGUCUUUCGAGCAGUGCUGUUGAUGGCCUCUUCAAAGAAGUUGACAAAAAUCGUGAUGGUUAUUUGACAUCGCUCGAAUUCAACGACAUCAGGCCGUUAGUACUCGCAAAAGCCGAGAAUGCUGCACUCCGUUAUAUGCAGUCUGUUGAUCUGGACCAUGACAAUUUAUUAUCACUGAAAGAAGCACAAGCGUACAUUCUGAAAGAAUAUGGCAUUGGUAAUCGCGAUGUUGAACGAGUCUGGCAUUUGGUAAUACCGAGCAGUAGCGAGAAGAUGGAUGCAGUUUUGUUCAGCAAAUUGAGACGUCGUAUUCGUGGAAUGUCUAUCAGACUUGCGAGACAAAUUAUGAAGAAUGCCGAUAAAAAUGAAGACGGUCACAUUGAUUUGAAAGAGGCACAACAAGUUGCGUUCGAACAGGAAGGGAUUGGUGCAGGAGACGUUAACGAAAUUUUGAUUUCCGUUGAUGAUAGCAACGACGGGGAAUUGAACGCACCUGAGUUUGCUGAUUUCGAACGAAUCGUCAGGGCUCGAGCCGUUGAUACGUCAAAAAAAGCUCUCAAAGUGGUGGAUCGUGAUGGUUCAGGAACUCUGACGAUGGAUGAAGCAAAACGCAUCGCAUUUGACCAUUACGGUUUUGACGAGAAAGUCCUCGGUCCGUUUUUUGCGCAAGCUGACGAGAACGAAGAUGGACAAUUGGAUGCAGUCGAAUUCGCCGGUUUCAGAUCUGUUAUUCGCAGUCAAGCUGUCAAAAAUGCUAUGGAAGCAAUGCAGGAGAUUGACACUGAUGGUGAUGGGCUAGUGAGCAAUUCAGAAGCUGUUGCGAUGGCUCGAAGACAAGAUGAUAUGGACUCAAAAGAAACCUACAACUUAUUUAAUGUCGCCGAUCAGGAUAAGAGCGGUCGGCUGGACAAGGUCGAAUUGGCUGAUUUGCUUCGUCUUGUACGAUUGAGUGCCAUCAAGUUCGCUACAGACCAUUUCAAGGAGUUUGAUACGAACCAUGACAAAUCAGUGACAUUGGAUGAGUUGGAGGAUGCAAUUGAGCAGAAAUAUAAGAUUGAUCGACCCAAUAUUCGAUUGUUCUUCGAAAAGGUUGACGUUGAUAGUUCAGGCGAUUUGAAUCCUGGAGAAAUAGUUGAUUUCAGGUAUGCAGUAAUCAUAUCAAAUUUCUAUCCAUCAAAUCAAAAUGCGAAAUUACUGCUGCAUUAA